AUGGAAAGGAAGAACGGGCCGCUCCCCGAGCGAGGGCUGGGAGCCGCUUUAAAGUUGCUGAAGCGGGAACGGCGCCGUCGAGUUUUUCUUUAAAUUUCUAGGCUUCUGUUUGUGAUCGGUUUGGCGUUGCAGACCAUUCCUUUGGGAGACAGCUGCUGGGGGGAGGACCAUGAAGGCGGCGGUGAGGAAAUCAGCAACGCUACAGACCAGAGGCUCCCGCGGAAAACGUUCAGCGGGACGUGGCCCGGUUUCCGGGGCGCGAACGCGAGCGCGCAGGACCUGCUUCCCCACGUGGGGGCUUCGCGAGGAGAGCGUGCGCUCCCGCGGCCGCUCUGCUGCAGGAACGGCGGCACCUGCGUGCUGGGCAGCUUCUGCGUGUGCUCCGCCCACUUCACCGGCCGCUACUGCGAGCACGACCAGAGGCACAGCGAGUGCGGCGCCCUGGUGCACGGAUCCUGGACCUUCCGCGGCUGCCGGCUGUGCAGGUGCGUCUUCGGGGUCCUGCACUGCCUCCCCCGCCAGACACCCGGCCGCUGCGACCGGAGAGACUUCCUGCCCUCCCGCUCGCCAGGCCUGCCCGCCGGCCGCCUGCUGCUGCUCCUCGGCCUCCUGCCCUGCCUCCUCCUGCCCGGCGUGGGCCGCGAGGCUGAGCCCGCCGCCCGGCCCGUGGGGACCCCGCGCGGAGCCUUCUCCCCACAGCGCCCAUCCCUGCCCCUGGGACCCCGGCUGGCAGACGCCCUGUGA